AUGGAUAAUCAAAGCGGAUCAUACAAUGUCAAACUGUAUGUGUACGACUUGUCGAAAGGAAUGGCACGCCAGUUGAGUCCCAUUAUGCUGGGUAAACAGCUGGACGGAAUAUGGCACACAUCUAUAAUAAUUCAUGGAGAGGAAUUCUGUUUUGGAGGACAGGGAAUCAUGAGCUGUCGACCUGGUGGAACAGUUUUGGGGCAGCCUGACUCUAUAGUAGACCUGGGGAAUACAGAAGUAACUGAGGAUAUCUUAAUGGCAUAUCUCUCCUCUCUGGGGGAGUCUACUUACAGAGCGGACAGCUACAAUCUCUUUGAACACAACUGUAACACCUUCAGUAACGAGCUGGCACAGUUCCUAACCGGACGCAAGAUCCCCUCUUACAUCACUGACCUCCCCUCGGAGGUGCUCGCCACACCCUUUGGCCAGGCUCUCCGCCCUGUUAUAGACUCCAUGGCCAUCACUCCUCCGGGAAGCAGCAUCUUUCCUGGACAUAACGGCCAGAGAUAGACGUCACUGCCCAAAACGUUCCAGUAAUAUUCCGAUAAUUCCUUUGUUUUUUUUUUGCACUGACUCAUCGUAUCGCUGUCAUAACACUGUUGUAAACGCGAGUUCGUGUUUGACAUAUCUGCCCAGUGGCUUUUUGGACCCAGAACAGUUAUAUGCAGUUGACUGACUACUACAAAGUACUUUCACUCGUUGUUAUAAUCUAGCAGUAACGAUGACGAUAUGUCAGAUACUAACUCAAGUUUGCGACAGUAUUGCACAGGCAGCACACCAUGAGAACAUGUCAUAGACAGUCUGUAUGUGGACCCAUGGUAGACUUGAAGCUCCCAUCCCUGAGGUUUCUCUUCUGACAUGAAUGUGACAUGACCGUCCUCACAGCCGAUUCUUAACCCACUGAUACCACUAAAAACCAUGGGACACACACCCACACACACAGCUAAACCUUGCCUUAUAUUGCCAUUAGAAGCCUACUUUAACAUGAUAUAUUUUCUGUUUUCCUACCCCCCCUUUUUUUGAAGUUGUAUUGAAACAGAUCUUAAAGGUGUUCUCUGGAUAAUAUCCUGAUUGAGC